AUGCCAAAUGAAGAACUCCAAGUGGGGAACCAGGAGAAGAGACACGUGGGACCCUUUGGCAAAAUGAUGGAAAUCGGCAAGAGAGAUCUAAUAGGUCAUGGACAAUUACGGAUGGAAAAGCCGCUGUCCUGGAAACUAGACGUUCGAAUGAGCAUAUACAGCAGUCUCGAGGUCUCCGCCUCCCUCGGAACACCAACAGCAGGCAACGAGUCGCUGAAGGCCUUUCUCUCCGCCGUUGCCGCCGACCCCUCAAUCCUGGCCGCCAGUUCAGGCCUCGACUUCCUCAGUCACGAGAUCGGAGCCUGUCUAUGUAGCUCUGUGCAGACGUCCGUCGAGGAAUUGAGCGUCACGCGCUCCUUGGUGGCGAUGGACAUCGACUCCCUGGUGGCCAUCGAAGUCCGCAACUGGUGGCGGCAGGCGCUUGCGGUGCUGCGGCUGGAGAUCACGGAGAUUAUAGGGUCGGAGAAUGUCGAAGCGCUGGGCAAGAUUGCCCUCGAGCGAUUGAAGGCCAAGCACAGUGCGCAGGCGAAGCAAGAUGAAGAAAUCGCGGACACGUGUCUUCUGAUGAAGGCGCCUUAG